AUGCUCGAUGAUUCCUUCCACCUGCCUCCAGUCAGCGUCAUCGCCACAUCCAGCUCGAACAGCAGCAAGGCGAAUCACAUCCUCGGCCCUGAUGGCGAGCUAUAUACCCAAGGCGAGGCCGCUAAGCUCGGAUUGAUCAUUCGGACGGCGUGCGAAGCGUGUCGCAAUCGAAAGCUCAAGUGCAGUGGUACUCUGCCCGAGAAUGGCGGAUGCGAGAGGUGCAGCAGCGAUGACAUUCAGUGCGUCUACUCAGCAAGAGCCCCCAUCGGUCGACCGAAGAAGCGCAAGACGGAAGAUGGGCAGGAUGCUCCGCUAUCGAGUCCGUCCAUCACCACAGGCAAAGGCAAAGCAAAGCGCAAUCACUCGAUCGGUCUGUCCCGAGUCAAGACUGAGGACGAGCAGUCUCCGUAUGCCUCAUCCGUCAUCGGACCGGCACCACAUCAUCACAACAUGCUGCACGACGGCAGUCCGGCCGACGCAACAGCCUUGCUUUCGCUCGAUCUAUACGCAAGCCCUAUGCAGUCGUCGACUGGCCACCACUUCACUCCCGCCAACUCUAUAGCAGCAUCGACGCCGGCGGUAUGGUCCCAACAACAAGCUGCCUUUGUCAGCACUCCAUCCGACGUGUUGACGCCUCACUCAACUCUAUCGGCCUCUUUCGCCCCAUCUGCUCAGCCAAACGCAACACAAGCGCAGACGAGCACUUCUGCUUCAGCAGACAAGCUGCCUUCUCUCGACGACUUGUCCGUAGCUGCAUUCCUGCAGUCGCUCGACACACUCGAAAUCUCGCCCGCCGAGCUGUUCCAACAGCAACAGCAAAUGCAGCUACUCGCUUCAAGCUCCAGCACACCGGCGUAUGGCAGCGCAUAUGGACAGGGCACACCUUUUGAGGCCACGCAUACGGAGCCAUCAGCGCCCGUAGACCACUUGACCGCCUCUUCUGUGCAAGAAUGGGCCACGAGCAGUGCCAUCUUGCAGCCGGGUCUCAGCUUUGCCGUGCCCGCCGACUUUAGCUGGUGGGACCUCGGCAUCAACGGCGUUGACUCUGGCGCCGGCUCUGCGAACGCCAGUGUUUCAGCGACACCUGCAACCGAGCCGACCUCGAUGUCAUUCCCCACAGUUUCAGCACUGCCCUCUCACGUCACGGCAACGAACGGUUCAGCUGGACACCCUGGCCCACCUUCCGCACCCACUGCGUCCGCCUCGAAGAAGGCACGCCGACCGACGUUCAGUACAGAUCAAAUGUGGCCCAGAGGUGCCGACGCUGGUAUGGGCCAGGGUCAGAUUCAGCAUGCGGUUGCAGCCACCGAAACAGGGCUGGGAUGGUCGACUCUUCCCGGCCAUAGUCUGUCAGACACCUCCGCAAGUCCAGUCGAAAAUCAAGCUGUCAGCAGCUGCUGCUCUUCGAAAUCAGCAAAAUCAAGCUCUCUCUCUCCCGUUGAAGUCAAGGUCGACUCGAGCACGGAGGAACAAAAGUCAUGCUGCUCCGGCAAAGCUGCUGCAGAAGCGCCGCCCACAGAGCGAAAGAACCCAGCUUCCUGCUGUGCGGGCAAGACUGCGCAGAUCGAAACGCCACCCGUGAAACCAUUACUGGACUCGAUUGAGCCCGCCAAAAGCUGCUGUUCGGGUCACGCCACAGACCCACCAGCUGCAUCGCCAUCCGUCAGCAGCUCACCCAUUGAAAUGGGCCCUCUCUCCACAUCCGCCGCCGUCAACGGCAACAAGCUCCCCUCGCUCGACGCGGAACGUAAGCAUCAUGCAGCGCUCCACGCGCAUCACCCGAGCAAAGUGCACUGUGUGCCCAACCCGUCCGGUCGCGGGUGCACCUGUCUGUGCGAUAUGUCGGUCGCCCUACUCAGCGUCAAGCAGGUUCUCCGAGAAACGGAUCCGCACGCCGCCACUGCUAACGACACGAUCCAACUCACGCUCACUGCGUCGCAAGCGAUCACCGCCCAGUGCGCAUGUUCCACCGACUGUCCUACCUGCCAGAGCGAUCCAAGCACCGAAAUUUCCGCCUCCCUACUCGUGUCUACUGCAUUGCAGAUCUACGCGCGGGCAGUACGGAUUUUGAGGGAAGGCUUCGCCGCUUCCGCCGGGGGAAGCGUGCAUAGUUUUUUUGGUGGGUUGGAUGUUACGAUCGGAAGCUACAAGCCGAGUGCGAGCAAUGCCAAGAGGAUCGCGCUGUACGCGAUCAAGUUGGAACUCAAGGAUCUGCGACGAGCGUUGGGACGCGUGAGCAGGAUGGCUCAGAGUUUGGGCGCGGGGAAGGGGGGGAAGGUGGAAGAGGGUAUGAAUCCUAUUGAUCAGUUGGUCAUUCUGAAGUUGUAUAGGCAGUUGACGGAGUUGUUGAAGACCGUGGAGGGGUUGGAGGAUGCCGCGUAG